AAACCAAUCUGGCGUACGUUCCUGCGAGAGCCGGUCCGGUUGUCUAGAAGUGAGGAGUCUCAAGCCAAAGUCAGCAGGAUACUGAGGUGUGAACAGCAUCCAGACCUUAUACAAGACAGAAGUCACCAUGUCUGAUGAUGUCAUAGAGGGGGAGGAAGGGGAUUCCCCUGUCGUCAGUGAAAGAGUUCAGGUAUUGGCUCAGGGGAUCUAUGACGAGCUCCAGGGACUGAUGGACUUAUUUGGUCAGGAGAGCAUCUCCAAUCUAAUGCCCCUCGUCGUCAACAUCCUCGAGAACCUCGACUCUGCUAUGUCUGAUAACCAGGACCACCUGGCAGCACUGAUGGAGGUGAAUGAAGAGAACGAGACUCUCAUGAAGCAGUAUGACAGAGAGAAGCAGAGGAGGAAGGAAAUUGAAGAGAAGUCAAUGAGGCAGGAAGACGUCAGUGAGGGAGAGGUGAGAGAGCUCAAGUCCCUGAUGGCCAGAGUCCAGUCUGAGAACAGAGGAAUGGGAUCCAAACUUGCCAGCCAGAGAGAACAGAUUGACAGGCUGGAGGAAAGAUGUGAGGAUCUACUGAGAGAAAAGAAAGGACUUCACGACAAGAAUAUUGGAUUGAUCAAGAAUUUUCAUGACCAAAUGGAGUCAUUAUCAGCACGAAGAAUGUCAGAAACACGAAGUAAGAUGUCAGAAGAGGGGCUGUCAUCUCCGACAAGACCAAGAGGGUUCCAGGACUUCAUGGCUACGGGUGCCAAGGCGGUCGGAAGAAGAGGACUCUGCCCAUUGCUCCUCACAGACGGAACAAGGGUGACACAGACGAAGACGACGAGAUGUUGUUAGGAGUAACUCCAUCGCAGAGACCGGACUCCCCGGAGUUCUCCAGAGGAGACGGAGUAAAGACUCCACCCAAUAUCCGCAGCCUUCACGAGGAGCAGACUGGAGACGAGGAGGAGGGAGAGGAGGGGUACGAGGAGGAUCCAAAUGGGGUGUUUCGGGUGAAUGAGGAGAGCCUACUGGAUGAACUUCAUCUCGCCACCACUGGAUCCUCUGCCACAGGUAUAUACAGUACCGUACUACGGACUUCAGCUGUGUAUGAUUUAUGGUGCACAGUAUAAUUACCUACGUAUGUAAGUAAACUUUAAACGUCACGUUACUAUAAAGAUUAACCCUAUUAGCAUACAAGUAUUAUUCAGACAAUGAUUGGCAGCAUGCACAUGUACAGUACCCUCUUGACGCGUAACGUGGCCGG